UCUAAGCGCCUCCCAUGCCACAAACUUGGGAAAGGGAAAAACACACCCCACUUAUCCAUAGUUGUUUCAACAUGUCCAGCAGGAUUUUAGAACAAAUAUACUAAUGACACCUUUAAGAUACAUAUUUAUACAUUUAGGACUGGAUUUAUCUUUAUUUUAAAGCAGCAGUCUUACUUAGUAAUCACUCGAUCGCUUCGGUUAGUUGAUUGAGUUGGAUUUUCAACAUAGAACAAUAAUGUUUUGCAGAAACCAAACUUCUAGAGCCACUGUGGCCCGCGGAUCCGCGAUGGAGAUGGAGGUGAAGAGAGGCCGAUUCCGCCUGAGCGUGCUGGAGGAUUCCGCACAGGACUGUGAGGUUCAGAGACAGAUCGAGAGGGAGGUGAGGAUCAGAGAAGGGGCCUGUAAGCUUUUAGCAGCAUGUUCUCAGAGAGAGCAGGCACUGGAGGCUUCCAAGACUCUCCUCACAUCCAACAGCCGCAUACUGGCCCUCAUGACCCAGCUGCAGCGCAUGAAGGAAGCCCAGGCCAUGCAGAAAGCAGGACGAAGGUCAUCUGACGGUGGGUCUGAGCGAUUUCCUUGUACUGGAAAAGUAGCCAUUUCAGAUAUUCGUAUUCCUCUCAUGUGGAAAGACUCAGAGUAUUUCAAAAACAAAGGAGAGCUGCACCAGUGUGCCGUGUUCUGUUUGCUGCAGGUGGGCACAGAGAUUCACAAUACGGAUCUCGUAAUAGUAGACAGGACGCUCACAGAUAUCUGUUUCGAAGAACCAGUGAUAUUCACUGACAUACCUCCAGGCUUUGACCUGCGGGUGGAGCUCUACAGCUGCUGUGUGGAGGAGGAACUCAGUGUGGGCUUCUCGUCUCGGAGACUGAGCCGGCUGGGAAGUGCCUCCAGUAAGAAGUUCAUGGCAACUUUGGAGACAGCAGCUUCCUGUAGUUCCUACGGCAGUGGAACCGGAUCGGGCGAAGGAGGAGUAUCACCGGUUCUGCUGCCUGCUCCGUCUAUACGGGGCCCUAAAUAUCACCUCCUGGCCCACACAUCUCUGACCCUGUGCCACGUACAGAACUCUUUCCGAACCCAUGACCUGACUAUAUCAGACACAGAGGACUGUCCGUCCUGGUUGCCUCUCUAUGGUAAUUUGUGCUGUCGGCUCGUGGCUCAGCCUCUCUGUAUGACUCAAGAUGUCAUGUGUGGAAAACUCAGAAUUCGGUCAGAGACCAAUCCUGAGGAAUGGAGAGACGUCUACGGUGUCCUGAAUGGAUCUGAUUUAAAGUGUUACCAGCAGAAAGAUGAUACAGACUCUUUAGAGACACCAGUGUUCACUAUUCCCAUUAAUAAGGAAACUCGUGUACGUGCCACAGAGAGAGAUCCGGCUCUACAUACGCAAAGUAUCACUAUAACCAACCAGUGUGGCGCUAAGACCACGUACACUAUUCUCACGCACACAUCUAAAGACACACAUGGCUGGAUGGAAGCCUUCUGGCAACAUUUCUAUGAUAUGAGUCAGUGGAAGCAGUGCUGUGAUGAGCUCAUGAAGAUUGAGGAACCGUCUGCAAAGAAAACUGUGGCAGUGACUUUAAAACAAGGCUCCCUGUAUCAUGAAAUGGAAGAAAGAAAGUUGGUUUGGAACGACAUCAAUUACGCCGUCAUCCACCCAGAGCAGAAAUCAUCUGAUACCCCUGAACAGACCGGUUUCUUCUGAGAUCCAAAGCCUGCUGUCCACCUAUUAUAAUGACAGUUACUGAAAGGAUGGAACAAGACUAAAGACUUUUUUGUGCACAGCUCAACACACCCCAAAGCAGCACAGCACACACAAAUCUUUGCCAGCUUUAGUGUGCAACACUUUUUUGGGAAACCAAAAUUCAUUUGUUUAUUUUUUUAUAAUGUUAUAGACCUAUUUAUUGUCAAAUUCAUAAUGCACACACAAGUUCUUAACCAAUUUCCUUAUUAUUUGUCAUGAUCACAGAAUUAACCCUAAUAUUAGAUGACUGUACUUUAUCCCACUUCACUAAUUACCAAAUAAAUUAAUCUAAUUAACUUUGAUAUUUGAUUUGAAAUUAUGUGAGAAUUAAGAAAUUGUAGAGUGUUACAACAGACAAUAAACUUGCACAGCUACAUAGGAAAUUGGUUGCCAUGCAGGGAAAACAGUCAACUGUGCAAAAUAAGAAUGUUGCUGUUGACCAAUUAGAAGUAAGCAUUCUAAAGAGCUAUAUAAUCAUUUAAAAUGUGGUUAUGCUAUAAAAGCUUUUUAAAUGUUUUCUUCUAAUUUAGUUAUUUCUCAGUUUACAAUUGUUAAGGUGUGAAAAACAUACUAUACAUGUAUAGCGCCAGACCAUUACUGAGCAUUAAGUUUGAUUCUACAGCCCUUAUUGGCUGUUUAACUUGAUCCCCUGCGGAAUCAGGACUUCUUUUACAUGUGGUGCUGGAUUAAAAUGCUGCUGGAUUAAAAUCUUCUGCUACAAGCUAUGGAAAUCCUGCAUGACAAGAGUUUGACAGAUGAAAGCUUUUGUUUUUGUUUUGCUUUUAUUGGCUAGUAGUAAGUAAUUAUUAAAUCACCCUAGGCCAGAGAAUUGAGCAACCACAUCUCAGCUCAAACUUUAAAUUAAGACAGGUAGCAAAUUCAAAAUAUCUGUGUUAGGAGAAUGCCUUUUGCUUCCAUAUUAUCAAAUCAACAAAUCAACAAACCAACACUGUUUCAGAUCGAUAUGAAUGUAACCCCAAUACUAAACCUUAUUGGAUUUUAAUUUUGGAUUCAUCAAGAUUAAUAACAAAUUGUUGGUGAUACUGUAGCUGGAAAAGUAGGCUGCAUUGACAAUAGGUAUGAACCUGUUGUUUCUUCGUGUAUAUGACAAUUAUGUUCUCAAAAUGUUUUUAUAGUGCCAAGAUAAUAAAAUGAAUGUUUGGAAAUCCCCA